AUGGGACCGACCCCGGACCUCGACCUCAACACCUCCGCUUGGCUCCGCCCCUGCGUCAACGCCUCCUGCCAGCCUCCCAUCACAGCGGCGACCCACUACAGCACCACCCAGCUGACCCUCAUCGUCACGGUGACCGCCUCCCUCAGCGUGGUCACCGUCCUCGGCAACACGCUGGUGAUCUUGUCCAUCAAGGUGAACCGCCACCUGCGGACCGUCAACAACUACUUCCUGCUGAGCCUGGCGGUGGCCGACCUGAUCAUCGGCCUGCUGUCCAUGAACCUGUACACACUGUACCAGCUGCAGGGCCGCUGGCCGCUGGGGGCAGCGCUCUGCGACGUGUGGCUGGUCCUGGACUACGUGGUGAGCAACGCCUCCGUCAUGAACCUGCUGGUCAUCAGCUUGGACCGCUACUUCUGCAUGACGCGGCCGCUCAGCUACCCGGCGUGGCGGACAGGUAGGAUCGCCGGCCUGAUGAUCGGCGCCGCUUGGCUGCUGUGCUUCAUCCUCUGGACCCCGACCAUCCUGUGCUGGCAGACCGCCGGUGGACGACGAGCCGUCCCCGAUGGAGCGUGCUACACCCAGCUGCUGGCCAGCCCGGCGGUCACCUUGGGGACGACACUUCCAUCCUUUUACCUGCCAGCGAUCGUCAUGAUCUGCCUGUACAGCCGCCUGUCGGCCGCCAGCCACAGCCGCCUGAGCGCGCUCCGUUCAGAGCAGGGCACGCUCAGGACGUCCAGCCCCUCCAUUAAAAACUUCCUGUUGAAGCGAUGGAGCUUGGUGAGCAGUGACCCCACCUCCGAUGUUUCUCUGAACCAGUCAGAGUCCAGCUCGCCAAAAACCAGAAGGAAACGGAAGGCCUCCAGGAGUCCUGUUGACACGCUGGUGACGGUGGACAGCUGGAGACACCCGCAGCGUCCUGUUCGAACCUCCACCUGCCAAGCCAGAGACGAAGACUACAACAAGAUCAAUAACGACCCGAUGUCCCACACCGACCUUCACCGGACAGCGUCGGCGGCGUUCUCCACCUGCCUCAGCUUCAGGUCUCAGGAGAGGAGGCGGCGUCGAGUGACGGCGAGGGAGAGGAGGGUCACCAAGACCAUCCUGGCCAUCCUGCUGGCCUUCAUCCUCACCUGGACGCCGUACAACGUCAUGGCCGUCGUCGCCGCCUUCUGCCACGUGUGCAUCCCCAAGAUCCUGUGGACCACCGGUUACUGGCUCUGCUACGUCAACAGCGCCGCCAACCCUUUCUGCUACGCUCUGUGCAACAUCACCUUCAGGAAAACCUUCUGCAGCCUCCUGCGCUGCCGCGGCGGAAAAGUGAAGUGA